AUGGCGUCCCAAGUCACGGAAUCCCUAGCAGUCGCGGCUACAACUACGGCUACGGCGUCGACUAAGACGGCUGCGCAGCUAAUUGCCGAAACCGGUGUAGACGGGAAGGAAGAGGGAUUAGUGACUUCGUCCGACGGCGAAUCUGGAGGUUCGACUGGUAAUCUGUACUUCCACCAGCAUAUCGAAAAGAAUGGCCAGCAGGUCCUCGUCAGCUGGACGGAAGAAGAGCAGAGGCGUGUCGUCCGUAAGGCGGAUUGCCUGUUUCUUCCUAUAUUCGCCCUCAUGUUCACGUGGAUGGCCAUCGACCGCACCAACGUCUCGGGCGUCCUGACAUCGACCUUUCUGAAGGACACCCACAUGACGCGGGACCAGGCGAACACGGGCGUCUCGCUGCUCUGGUUCGGCAUCGUGCUGCUUGAGAUCCCUUCUAACAUCAUCCUCCACCGCGUGGGCCCGCACUACUGGAUCCCGCUACAGGUCGUGGUCUGGGGCGUGGUCGAGGCCCUGCAGAUGUUCGUGCGGGACGCCGGCGGGUGGUACGCCGCGCGCCUGUUCCUCGGGCUCGCCGAGAGCGGGUUCAUCCCCGGCAGCCUGUACGUGCUCUCGCGCUGGUACACGCAGGACGAGCUCGCGAGCCGCACCACCGUCUUCUUCUUCGGCCCGUCUGUCUCCGCCGCUUUCGGCUCCCUGAUAAGCGCCGGCGCCCUGGGUAUCGAGGGCGAGAGAGGGCUGCAUGGGUGGCAGUGGAUUUUUCUUAUUUGUGGCGUUUCUACGAUAGCCACCGGCCUUAUAGCUUUCACCCUCGUUCCCAAGUCCCCUCACCACACACAUCGUCUUCUAGGCGGCCUAGUCCCCUGGCGCGGAUGGCUCUCUGAGCGCGAAGCAGACGUCUUUGUAGCGAGGAUAAUCAGAGCGGAUCCGACGAAGGGACAAGCUGCUACUAUGAGCAUUAGCCUUAAGGACAUAACGGACGUACUUUUCAGCUGGACUACCUGGCCGUACCUGAUAAUCUGCUUGAGUGGCCUACAAUCCAUCGGCGGGUUAGCGACCUGGGGAGCAACCAUCGUCCAGUCUCUCGGCUUCACGAGUAUCCGUGCGAAUCUGCUCAACGCCCCGGCACCCGUUCUAUCGGCUCUCUUCGCCCUCGCAUUGUCCUGGCUCGUAGACCGGCACAAGCGGUUCGGCCAUACUAUUAUGUUCUCCGCGGUUUGGACCAUGGCCGGGCUGAUAGCUCUUUACAACCUCCCGGUUACUACCGAGGCCUCGUGGUCCUUCUACGCUGCUUACCUCGUGACGGUUGCCGCUCCAGGUUGGCAGCCCUUAAAUGUCACGUGGUUGUCACUGAACCAGAAAACGCCACAGAAACGCGCUAUAGCAUACGCAGUAUAUAUUGGCUGCUCUAACUUGGGCGGGACAUACGGAAACCAAGUAUUCCGAGGAUCCGACGCGCCCCUGUACCGCCGAGCGUGGGCGGCGUGCUUAUCUCUCGGCGCCGUGUGGAUUGCGACGCUCAUCGUCCAAACAUCCCUGUUCAAGCGGUCGAAUCGCCGGUUCGCUAGGAAGAUACGCGACGAGCCGGCUUUGGAGGCGGAGGCACUGUAUACGGAUCGCAAGGGCCGUAAAUACAGGUAUUACUGGUAGAUGGGAAAAUUUAGGACGGUUCAUGCAGAUGGGUAGUUGAAUCUCGACAGAGCGGGAUCCUAGGUUAGGUACUCUUCUUAUUCAUGGGAGUUUCCCGUAAGUACCUACAUAAUAAACACCUCCAUCGCUCUACGAAGUAAGCGGGUAUAACCGCCCAUGAAAUGACAUGUUGUUUAUCCUCAUGCUUAAUCCUCAAAAUUGCAAGCAAAAUCAUUAAAAGCAUUCGUGUAUGAUUCGACGGGUACAAGAAUCAGAAACCCCUCUACUAUAAACCCAACAGCCUAGGCGUAGCAAGUCCUACGUAAACCUCACAUUCAAAUACGAC